UAAUGUUACGAAACUUUAGCAGGGUGAAUCUCAUCCGAAGCAGAGGUUGGUCGACAAUUAAUUUGAGACCGUACUCGCUAAAUGUGAGGAACGCAGAGUCAUUCACGGGCAUUGAUUCCGAUGAGCGUAGCUUUACAAGAACAGAAGAAUCCGAUGUAGUUGUUGAACAACAGAGUGAUAUGAUAGGCGAUGAACCCAUGUCUCCAUUCCGAAGAGAAGAUGGGUCCUACAUCAAGGGUAACAAUGCAAGCGAGGCCAGAUUACAUGAUUGGACAUUGAUUGGAAGAUCAGAUCGAGCAAUCACAAAACUUCCCAAAGAAGUUGGAAAUGUGAUUAGUAGACAUAUUUUAAGUCAACAUGAACCAGAUAAGUUAAGGGCCAAGGCCGCAGUGAUCUUCCAGAGUCUCAAUAAGGACCAGAUUCAAAAGGCACCCGAAGAUGAAUUAGAUUGUGAUGGACAUAUUGCCGCAUUGUUCUUACAAGAUUAUACCAAUUGUCUUCUGGUAUUGAAAGAUUUACAGAAAAGAGUUGGAGAUCUGUUCAAUCCUCAGAGAGUUCUUGACAUAGGGUAUGGACCUGCCACUGGUAUGGUUGCCUUGAAUGAGAUGAUGGGGGACGAAUGGGUACCAAAGGAAAAGGAUGUUUAUAUUAUUGGAAGAAGUCUUAAUGGGAUGGAAGCCAGAGCAAAGGUUAUUUUAUCCAGACAAUUAAAUGAAAACUUGCUAGAGGAAGAAGAAAUAGAGGAGGAACAAGUUGAAGAUAAGAAAGAGGCUACUCCAAUCGAACAGUCCGUUCCAAAAGAAAUGGAAGAAGAAUUUGUAGAAGAAGAAUUUGAAGAAGAGGAAUUUGAAGAAGUAGAAGAAGAAGAAGGCUUUUCAAUGGGAAGUAUCGACACUUCCAAGAUUCAAAUUAAAACAAAAUUCAGAGACGCCUUGCCCGUUGAUAAGCAGUAUGAUUUGAUCAUUGUAAACCAAUGCUUAUUGAAGAGAGAGUAUAAUUUCCCAAGAGAUGUGGAUAUGAAUUUGCAUCCUAUCUUACGUCUUUUGAGUCCAGGAGGACACGUUGUCUUUGUAGAAAGAGGGAACGCUGUUGGGUUUGAAACCAUUGCUAGAGCUAGACAAGUUAUGAUCAGGCCUGAAAAGUUCGAUAGAGAACAUGGGAAAAUACCUAGACCAUACGUUAAAGGUUCUAGCAUCAAGCCACAGAAAAUGAAGAGUUUGGACCUGAUCAUCACCGAUGAAGAUAUUGAAUUUGAAAAGCAUUUAUUAGCCAAAUAUGGUGAAGCAGAUGAAGAAGAUUUGAAAUUUGAAUUUGAAGAUAGUGAAGAUUUUGAAGUUUUACCUCUUGAACAACCAAAGUCGACUGAAACAGAAGUUGAAGGAGAAACUACUUCUACUGGACUUAGUUCAGAAAGUGUUGAUUAUCAUUUAAGUAUUAUUGCUCCUUGUUCACACCAUAGUAGAUGUCCACUUCAACUUGGGAACCCAUCAUUCUACAAGAUCCCCAAGUAUAAGAAUAGACUUUCCUUCUGUCUGUUCCACAAGACCGUUGAAAGACCAAAGUAUACCAUGGAAUUAAAGAGAGGGAAAAGAUUGGCUACUAAAUGGGAUAAAUCAUCUCAUGAUGGGUUUGGGUUGGAUAAGCUUUCCAAAUCCACAUUGCAAACGUUAGAAGGUAGUGGUAGACCAGGAGGUAACGAUUACGAAUCUGGAAGUUAUUCAUACCUUAUUGCUGAAAGAGCUUUAAAUGAUGUUGAAAACAUUAAAAAGAUUGAAGAACAAAGAAAGUUUCAAAGUGAAGAACUUGACAUGAGUAACGCUAACAACUGGCCAAGAAUCAUGAAACAACCACUUAAAUUGAAGCAAAAUGUCAAGAUUGAAGUUUGCUCACCAUCAGGAAAGAUUGAAGUUUGGGAUGUACCAAAGAGUGUGGGGAAACAAGAAUAUCAUGAUGCUAGAAAGGCUGAAAGAGGAGACUUAUGGGCCUUGGGGAAGAAGACAGUUACUGUACGGAACCUGAUGAGUGAAGAAAAGAUUGAUAAUAUGAAGGUUGAAUCUAAAAAGAGUAAGAAGAAAUUCUUGAAGGAAGAACGUAAGAAGAAAUGGAAGAAGAUUGUUUCUCUGUCAGAGGAGAAGUUUGAUGAAGAUUUUAUGCAAUUAGCAGAUCGUCUUGCUACCGAUUUGGAAUCUUCCCAAAGAUACAAGCAAAAGGGUAAGAAGGCCGGAUUCAGUGUUGAUCCAACUGACCAUGAUGGGUUGUAAAUAGAUAGAAGUUAUAUAAUAUGUACAUAGAGGGAAUAAUAUAGGCUAACAAAGUAAAG